ACCUGCGAGCCAUUGGCCACAUGCGUUAAUACUUUUGGCGGUUACUCUUGCAUUUGCGACGAUACGAAAGGAUAUGUGAAGAUGAACGAUAGAUGCUUCUAUGACCCUGCCCGUUUCAACAUCUCUGGCGCACCAGCCGGAUCCAUCACACCCGACCCUGACAUCAACCCCGCAAAAUAUUACGUUGGUCUGAAGGCCAUCAACAGAGCGGGUCUCGAAGCAAUCAAAUGGUCAGACCAAAUGACCAUAGACACUGAGCCACCGCAGUUGCAGUCACUGGACUUUAUGCGCAACGGCGAUAACGUCACUGUGAUCUCAAGCCAAAACAUCAGUCUAGCUUGGGCAGCUGGAGACAGCGUUUCUGGAAUUUUAUUUUACGACUUUGCCCUAGGGACAACCCCGUUCUCUAACGACUUGUAUGCGUGGACCCGAACCAACGCAACAGGGGCAAAUUUUACGACUACCGCCCCACUACCGGCCGAAGGAGGGAGGGUGUGCGUCAGCCUGAACGCGACAGACGGAGCGCUGAAUAUGAACAGCACGGUCACAUGUGCCACGGUGCAGACGCACCCCCCCGAUAACGCGUCGGCAUCUGUGAGGCUCCAGAUGCAUGGGCGCCAGAUUGCUUGGACCGGUUUUAUCGAGUCCGCUACUUCGAUUGCAUAUUACGAGGUUUCUGUCAGCUCGGGGAACUCAGGCGCCCCUGAUGUUCUUCCUUGGACUGCUAUUUCGUUCAGUGAUCGAGUGGAAAGCGCCAUCAUUUUUGGCCCGAAUGCCUCUUACCUCCUCCCAACGAAUAAGCGCACCAUCCUUUCGCCGCUCUUCUACCGUGUUCGAGCAACGAACUUGGGGAGUCUUUCGAGCGAGGUGUCUACUCGGGCGGCGUAUUAUUUGGGCACGGAUUCCAUGUUGCUGGCUCCUCGCGAGAACAACUCGGCGAUGAUCAAGGGGUUUCAAGAUGAGACCAUCGGAUUAAGUGUGGCAACGUUGUUGCCGGCGACAAGCGAACAUGCGAUCCUCGUCGUGCCAUUGACCGCAAAUGUCGGCUACGUGCCAGACAGCUUUGGCGGACUUCCUUUGCCACCACCUUUACUCGUUUUGCGAGCCGGAGGAAAGUACGGUCGGUACAAGCGGGCCGAGGCUGCGAUCCUUAGCGUCACAAAAGACGGUAACAUCAACAGUGGAUCCUUUGUUGUGGUUAACGGUACUUUUACGAGCAACGAUAAUGCCACGGAUGUAAAGUCGUUCGCGGUUUAUGGCGUCAGGGUCACCGGCGGUCAAUGGGUCGGAGUGAAGUCUAUCGCCAACAGCGCGCAACGUUCCCUCAAUUUCACGGCCACUUUCGGGGGGAUGUACGCGCUUUACGUCAAUGAAACCGUGCCUACUUUUGUCGAUCUGAACCUGGAUGGACUUCCCGACAUCUUAUAUACCCAGGACAGCCCGUCUCAUAGAUUGCGUCGUAAAGAGGAAGAAGCGGAAGAAGUAUCAACGAUCGAUGAUCCCGCUGAAACAACAGUAAAAAGACAGAAACGUGCACCUGUCUCCUUCGUGCCAACGACCUACGGGUACUGGCCUUCGACCUCCUAUCUUAUGAAUGCGACAUUCCAGUCACCGACACUUACCAGCACCAUGACGAUCGUCUCACUUUGGUAAGAGUCGCUGCUCCUGGAAUCUGAAGGGCCGUGGGCGCGCUUACUUCCCUCCCAUUUGCUCACGUUGCCAUCUAUUCUUUGUAACCAACCAUUACAGCGAUCUGGAUGCCGAUCUGGUUACGGACGCCAUAAUCUACAACAGCGCUACGAACCUCUACCGGGCGUGGCUGUUGAAGCCGAACGGCACUUUGAAAGCGGAACAGGCGUUCUAUUCACCUCCUUUGGGUCCGCGAUUGCUGGGAUUUGCAGAUCUUGAUCUAAAUGAUAGGCUCGCAAGGUACGACAGUCGACAGAGACGUGGUCUUCUUGGAGGAUUUUCCCCA